UUGUUGAAUUCGUCUCGCCACACAUGUGAGCAGAGAAGGGAAAGUAAAUUUUUCUCAACAUAGUUGAUCGUUUUCGAUGAUGUUGUCCCAGAUAACAAGAUCCUUACGGCUGUGUAGCUGUGUAGCUGUUCGUAAAAUUCAAGAACCAAAGAUAUUGCGCAGAAAUCUGUGCAUGACAUACAACUUUCUACAAACAACCUCGGAACAUGGAACGUCACAGGGUGACAGUUUGGUACAAACGGUAAAUACAGUUGUAGUUCCAGAGUUACUAAAUGCGGACAGAUGGGAGAAUCUUCCACUAGUUACAGGCAGGGAGGUUGAUGCUCCGGAAUGUCUAGAAAAACCCCAAGCCUGGAUGGAAACACUGAGCACCCUUGAGAACAUCAAGCUGGGACUGCUGGAUCUUCAUCCUGAUGUAUUUGCGGCCAUGCCACGCAUCGAUAUUUUAUAUAGAAACAUGAUGUGGCAACGAAACUAUAAAAGAAUUAGUUUAGCAAAAACCAAAAGCCGUGCUGAGGUUAGAGGUGGUGGACGUAAACCAUGGCAACAGAAAGGAACCGGGAGGGCCAGACACGGGAGUAUUAGGUCGCCCAUCUGGAGGAAAGGUGGUAGAGCUACAGGUCCGAGAGGCCCCAAGAGCUACUGGUGUGAGCUUCCAGUGCAGGUGAAGACACAAGGUCUACGCAUUGCCCUGACGGUGAAGCUAACCCAAGACAAUCUACACAUUGUUGACUCUCUGGAGCUACCAUCCAAUGAACCAGAGUUUCUUGAAGAUUUAGCCUUGGAGAGGCACUGGGGUCCAUCUGUCCUUUUUGUAGACAACAAGCCAGUGACCGAAAUGCCGGAAAACUUCCUCCAAGCUGUCAGCGGAAUAAAAACUUACAAUGUUCUGUCGACAGAAGGGUUUAACGUCUACAGCGCAUUGAAGCACGAAACAUUGGUCUUAACAGUAGAUGCCUUGGAGUUCCUUGAAGACAGAUUGCUAUACUUCACUCGAUGUUACAGAAAGAAAGACAUCACAGACAACCGGAAGAUUAUGUUGACACAGCUGAAGAAAUCGCAACCCUCAACAAAAAUCAUUCAAAAUUAAUAGCCUGCUUGUCUAUCAUUCUUUUACAUGGAACAGCUUUAUUUUUUUCUUUUGUUAAAAAACCUAUGCAACCGAACAGAGGUAGUUUGCUAGUAUUUUUAAGACGGAAACAUUUCUGGAGAGUUUGGAAAAAAGUGAGCGGUCAGGUUGAAUCUGAUCCGUUUUUUUAUAUUCAACUAAUCAUUGUGAUUUUAACAUCAGGCCAGUGAAUGCACAACCAGACAAGACCAAUAGUCUUGUGUGUGUUUUCAAUUAAGGGAAUCAAUGUGUGGUGAAGAGGUUUUCAACUAGUGGUUUAAUCCCAACAAAAC